GUGCUCCCUCUAGGUGUAAACACAUGGCUCCCGGCUGAGAGCGUGAAGCCGGACGAUGCCGAAGCUCUCGGACCUGAAGUUCCCCGCAGACUGUGCGACUCUCCCGGGGGGUUUCUGGUCGGCUGUGGGGGUGUGGGUGGAGAAGCCUCACGUCGUCAACAAGCGUCUGUGUGGAGCUAAAGAGACGGAGGCUAAAGAUGCUGAGGACGUGAGCCUCCUGCUGGAUGUCCCCCGUGACCCGGAUGUGUUGUCCUUCCUCACCUGCAAGGUCUCACCUGCACGGACACACGAGAGGGACACGAGCUGCUCCUCCAGCGUCAGGACGUUCAUCCCCAAAGUCAGUAAUGGGAACCUGCGGAAAGAAAUCGUACUGAGAGACUUUGACAGACAGCAGGUGACGUUUCUUCCCCUGGAGGAGGACGCAGAAGGACGAGUGUCCCUGAAGAAGAGCAACGUUUACCAGAUUCAGCUGUGCAGCCACGACUCUGAGGGAUGGUCCUUGGAGCUGCACGUCUUGUCUCCGGACGCGUGGUUCUCCGAUGGCGUGGUGUACCCCAAGCUGCCGUGGCUGACCUCGGAGCUGCUGCCCAAGCUGGUGCGUUGGGGCAGCGAGUGCAGGAGCAGCGAGUUCAAGAGCACCCUGUCGCUGCUGCCGGUGGAGAAGUACAGCGUGGUGUACCAGCAGCUGAAGGACAAGUACAAGUCCAUGGUCAAGGUUUGGCCUGAGGUGACAGAUCCCGAGAAGUUCGUCUAUGAGGAUGUUGCCAUCGCUACAUAUCUCCUGGUGCUGUGGGCCGAGGAGCGGGAGGAGAAAGGUCUCGCCGCCCGGCAGUCCUUCGUGGACCUCGGCUGUGGAAACGGCCUCCUGGUUCACAUCCUGACCUGUGAAGGGCACCCGGGGAAGGGCGUGGACGUUCGGAGGAGGAAGAUCUGGGACAUGUACGGAGCGCAGACCCUGCUGGAGGAAAAGGCAAUUACUCCCGGUGAGAGCUCCUUAUUCCCGGGUUCGGACUGGCUGAUUGGGAACCACUCGGACGAGCUCACACCCUGGAUCCCCAUUAUAGCAGCCAGGUCGUCUUACUCCUGCCGGUACUUUGUCCUCCCCUGCUGCUUCUUUGACUUCUUCGGAAAGUACCAGCGUCGCCAGUGUAAGAAGUCUCAGUAUAAAGAAUACAUCGAUUUCAUCACAGAGCUCAGCCAAGUCAGUGGCUUUAACACCGAAGAAGACUGCCUGAGGAUACCAUCCACCAAACGGGUGUGUUUGGUAGGAAAGUCGAGAAGCUACCCUCGAUCUGCCGAGGCCGAAGCAGAGGCCGAGCAGCGGAGAGCUCAUUACAUCCAGAGCCGACAGACAACACCUGGGGUCGCAGUUCAAAGGUCAGACAUCGGAAACGAUGGCGACUGUUGCCAUGGGAACGCAGACGGUGACAUUACCAGCGGGAGCAGCUGGGGAGCCGGGUUCCAGCCGCGGGACAGGGUUGAAGUGGUGCGAAACUGCGCCUCGCUCCCCCGGGACUUUGUCGACGGCGUUGUCCUGCAGGUUGCUAACAGCCUUCUGGGAAUGACUGUGGAUGACGGCGGUGGGCGCCAUGGCGACUGGAACCGAGGAGGCAGCCUCUCUGUGAGCGAGGUGGCCGGGCUGCUGGAGCAGGAAACCCUGCAGCUCCUGAAGAAGGAGUGCGGAGGCCUUCAGACGCUGCUCAAGAACAACCAUCAAGUCUUCAGAGUGGAAGGGGGGAGGGUGCGGAUCAGGGACUGGCGGGACGGGAAGCCUUUCAGGGCGGAAGCCAAGAGGAAGCCUGUCGCUCCCGGCGCCCUGAAAACUCGUCCCUGCUGGUUUCACGCCCACCACACUCAGGGCUGCCCUCUGCAGGCUGAGCUCUGUGCCUUCGCCCACGGAGCCGAUGACCUCCGACCCUCGACCAGACCUCUGAAGAAGAUAAAACACGAAGCUUUUAUAUUCAGUCAAUCCUCAUGAACACUAAUUUAACGUUUUUAUUCAGUUAUUUUUAACAAAAUAAUUACCUCUACAAUGAGCUACUAGAUUUUAAUUAACAGUAAGAGCUCUGUCCAUCAAUGGACUAACCUGCUGUAGAAAAAUAACCCACACCAGCUCCUGCAGCAGCUCAGCGAAGAGAGGGAGGUUUUGGUCGGAGCUGUGUAAGACGUAUUGACGGGAUGUUACAUCAUUUCUGGGAAUCAAGGUUUUUCCCAGUGUCCUUUUGAAUUCUGUGUGAAGCUGCCAAAAUAUGAUGCUGCUUCAGGUUUCACAGUUGGGGACUGAGUGCUUUUUUUUUUUUGCUCCUAUUUAAGAAGCAUAAUUUUGUAAAGGUCAACAAUCUGUUCUCACUGUAUAUUAAAGUGGAUGUUGAGCAACA